UGAACAAUAACCACUACCAUUGUCACCGCUGUUACCAAUUGCUGUUGUUUCUUCCCUUAUCAUCACCACACACUCUCUCUCUUUCACACUCACAAAAACAGACAUAGAUAUCGAUAUACACGCGCACAACUGGCAAUUGUGAUUCAUGCACAUAGAAAUAAAAUAAGAGGCAAAGGGAUAGAGCAGAGGACAAACGUAGUCUAGGAUUUGAGUGACUCCUUUGGUUUGUUCUGCCUCUAUUCUUCUCUUCUUCUGCUUAUAUAGAGAAUAGCACCUAGAAGCUCAAUUUUCUCAUAUAUUUCUGUCAUGAGGAGAGCCUAUAUAUAUGUAUGUAUGUAUGUAUAGGUGAGGGCCAUUGGAGUUUUAAGUGGUAAAGAGGCUAAGAAACUGAGUCUUAGAAUGGAUAUCUCAGCUUCACAGUGCAGUAGCGGGUGUGAAUCAGGUUGGACUCGGUACUUAGACCAAUCCUCACUUUCAGAAACUCAAUUCCACAUAGUUGGUGGUAUGGAUGACUAUUAUAGAGGAAAGGGAGCAAAAAUGGAGGAGAAAGAAGAAGAUUUGUCCUUGGUCUCUGAUGCUUCUUCUGGGCCUUCACAUGACCUUGAAGAUGAUGAAGAGUGCAUUCAUGAUAAUGGAUGUUAUUGCUAUUCUUCUUCAGCUUCUGAGCGGGACCGCAAAAGCAAAAGGAAAAUGAAGGCCAAAGAACAUGGCAGACACCGGCUGCAUUCAAAUCUUGAUGACACUGCUAGCUCCCCAGCACUGAGCUUUUCCAAGGUGGAUUCAACUCUCUAUGGGAAUGAAGAUUCAACGGAGAAAUUAUUGAAUUUCUCUCAGGGUUUCUCUGCAACGCAUUUUGAGGUAAAAUCUAAAGUGCAGAAGCAUUCUACUUUCUUAAAGUCUAUUGCCAAAAAACCAGCUUCAGAAGAACCAGGUGGUUUUCACAGAAACUGGAAAUGACUUCUUUUAGCUUUGAUGCUGCAGCUGGUGUGGAGACUGAGAUAAGGAGUGCUGUAAAAGAUGGCAUCAGAUCACAAAAGAAUAUUGCCCCUCCACUGUUUUUCCAUUUUAUUUGUGUUUCAAUUUCUACUCCUUUUUAUCCGUGAUUGUCAAUGCAAUGGGAAACAACCUGAGCACAUGAUUUCUUUUCUUACAGAAAGGAAAUUCCUGUUUUCAA